UGAGUUACGUAAAUCCUCUUUUCCUAUCUCAAAUGCAAUCACAAAUGAACCCACUUAGCCACCACAACGAGACCAAGACAGAGUCAACAGAGUUCGAGAAGAAUCGGCAACGCUACCAAGACCUAAUCGCCUCGUUUCCUCACGUGAAAGGCUGGUUUCCGAGAGCUCCACUGAUCGAGUACAGUGGCCACUGGAUCAUAGAGGCUCUCCUAGAAGGUUGCCUUCAUGCUCAAGAUUUCUUUCAAGCGCGACCCACUGACUUCUUCGUUUGUAGUUACCCAAAGACAGGUACCACUUGGCUCAAAGCUCUAACUUUCACCAUCGCCAAUCGUUCUCGCUUGGAGGAUUCCUCGAACCCGCUCCUAUACCGUAACCCUCAUGAGCUUGUUCCUUUCAUUGAGAUGGAGUUUGCUUACUUCCCUCAAGUAAAUGUUCUCAAAGACAAAGGAAACACUCUGUUUUCCACUCAUAUGCCGCACGAGUUACUACCUAAAUCGGUUGUGAAAUCGGGUUGUAAGAUGGUUUACAUAUGGAGAGACCCCAAGGACACAUUCAUCUCCAUGUGGACUUUUUUCCAAAAGCAAAACUCAAACAGUGGCCCUUUACACAGUCUUGAGGAGUGUUUUGAUAAGUUCUGUCGAGGUUUCUCCGGGUACGGUCCUUAUCUAGACCAUGUACUAGGGUAUUGGAAAGCUUACCAAGAGGAUCCAGAUAACGUUUUGUUCCUCAAGUACGAGACGAUGAAAGCUAAUCCUUUGCCGUAUGUGAAGAGAUUGGCUCAGUUUAUGGGUUAUGGAUUCACAUCUGAGGAAGAGAAGAAAGGAGUUGUUGAGAAAGUUGUGAGUAUUUGCAGUUUCGAAACGUUGAAGAAUCUUGAAGUGAACGUAGGGGAUCAGAAAAGACACGAUGUUCCUUGGGUUUAUUAUCCGAAUAGCGCUUAUUUCAGGAAGGGAAAGGUCGGAGAUUGGCACAACUACUUGACUCCGGAGAUGGCAGCUCGAAUCGAUGGACUGAUGCAUGAGAAAUUCAAGGGAUCCGGUUUGCUUGAACAUGAUCAAUGACCGGUUAAUCAUGUUCUCAGCCAUGCAUGACUCAUUCGUUGUUUAGUUUACAUGUUAUUUAAGCUUAAAUAAAGGAAGAAUAAAACUUGUUUUUGUUUCUUAUCAAAAUAAAGUGGUUUCUAAAUAAUAAGGAAUUGGCUUGGUAAUCA